AUGACGAGCGAAACCUGCCCUCCCAGUGGCUCUGCCGCGUGCACCUGCGUUCGACCGUCAUCCGCAGCAGACUCCACGGGACUGCGGGCAUCUGCAGCAGCCUCGAGAGCUGCUGCCGCUGCGCUGCGCAGGCGCGAAGCGGCUUCUAGUGCAUCCUUUGCUGCGGCUUCCAGUUCUUCGGCAAGCAGGAGUUGCUUCGCGUCCUGUGCCUCUGAAAAGUCGUCCUGGCCAGAUUCUGACCCUAUAGAGGAGUGCGUGUCAGAGGCGCCAGACGGUGGUCUCGAGGCGCUGCCUGGCCUGAGGGACGGCUCUUCUGACUGCUCAAUGUCGGUGGGUUUUGGCCUGAAGGCAGAGGGACGCUCACGAUCUACGGCGCUCGACGCAUCUCCUGAAUCAGUUGUUUCCUCUGGCUUGCUUUCGUGUUCCGCAAUGGACCUUGCAAUUUCGGCGGAUCGAGUGGCUUCCGCUGCAGCCCUUUCAAGGGCCUCAGCGGUUUCCACUGCGCGUGCGGCCGCUUCUUCCAUGUCUUCAGCAAACGCAAUCUUGCCCUCAUCUUCCUCCCGCUCGUCGCUAGGCAGCUGA